GCUGUGGCUGAGUGCUGGAGUCAGUCUGCUCAGUGUUGACAGAGAGGCAGCAUGAGACGCUCCUCUCCUCAGAACGCACAGGAAUGGAGACAUCUGCAGGGGAAAUCCGUCUGACAGCACCCUCAAAUAAAAGAGACAUGUGGAGGACGGCCACGCUCUGGCUGCUCGUGAUGCUGGCCCUGGGCCCUGAGUUCCAGGGUGUGGGAUCGCUGGUGGCGGGGGACGGGGCCGAGGUGGAGGAGCAGGGGAACUUCACCGGCAUGUCCAACAUGCUGGGAAAGUCAAGACACCAGAUCCUGGCAGCGCAGUUCGAGUGCUAUCUGAAGAUAAUCCACGACCCUCCACGGACAGAAGAAGGCCAUUACUGCAACCGCACGUGGGACGGCUGGCUGUGCUGGGGGGACACGACCCCGGGGACCGUCAUGCAGCUGUGCCCCGAAUACUUUCAAGACUUCGAUCCUGGAGAGAAAGUGACCAAAGUGUGUAAUCCCGAUGGCCAGUGGUUCCACCAUCCGAGGAGCAACAGAGUGUGGUCCAACUACACCCUGUGUAACGCCUACACAGAAGAAAAACGCAAGUUUGCCAUCAGUCUGUACUGGCUGGCGAUGGUGGGCCACGGGCUCUCCAUCAUCUCCUUAGUCAUCAGUCUGAUCAUCUUCUCCUAUUUCAAGAGCCUCAGCUGCCAGAGAAUCUCCCUCCACAAAAACAUGUUCUUCUCCUUCAUCUUGAACUCCAUUGCGACGAUCUCGUGGCUUUCCCUCACUGUGGCCAACAAUGAAGACAUGAGCGACAGCAACCCGAUUAGUUGUAAGAUCUUGGCUGUACUGGUACAGUAUACGUCCACGUCCACCUACUUCUGGAUGCUGUGCCAGGGCAUCUACUUGCACACGCUCAUCAUCGUGGCCGUCUUUGUGGGGGAGCAGCAGCUCUUCUGGUACUACAUCCUCGGAUGGGUCUUCCCCGUUGUUCCCGCCAUCACGUACGCUGUGGCUCGCGGGCUCUUCUAUAACGACAGGUGCUGGAUCAGUUCACACACUCACUUGCACUACAUCACUCACGGGCCCAUUUACGCUGCUCUGCUGGUCAACUUCUUCUUCCUCCUGAACAUCGUCCGGGUUCUGAUCACCAAGCUGAAGGAGACGCACUGCACCGAGUCCACGGCCUACAUGAAGGCGGUGCGGGCCACGCUCAUCCUCAUCCCCCUGCUGGGAGCCCAGUACAUCCUGCUGGCCUGGUGGCCCGAGGGACUCAAGAGCCGCAUUGCCUACGACUUCUUCCUCAACAUCUUCUCCCACUUCCAGGGACUCCUGGUGGCAAUCAUAUUCUGUUUCUGCAAUGCUGAGGCUCAGAUGGCCCUGCGGAGGAAGUGGCCUCAGUGGAAGUCGGCCUGGAGCAGGAGCUACUGGGGAGGGGCGCCCGUGGCCGGCAACCACUUCAGCUCCCACACCAACUCGUCCAUCACCGAGACCAGCCGGGCCACCGUCAGCCUGGAGCCGGGAGUCCAGGGCAGGAAGAACAGUCAGCCCAAAGCCAACGGGAAGGAGGCGCCGAGGAACAGCAACGGAGAGGGGCACAUGCUCCGCAUGCUGGAGAGCACUGGCAUCUGAA